UUUCGCCACUGAAGUAUAAAAAGGAUGGAAAUUUGAAAAGCGUCACCGGCGGUCAGUAUGUACGAAGAUUUGUAUUUUUGGAGAAAAAAUGGCCGCCCGGAUAUUGAAAAAGAUCACGAUUUCAACGCAGGUUGUCAUAUGAAAAUGCGCUACAUUGAAACCAAUUUAGUUCUUUUGAAAACUUAUCACAUGGAUUUCGGAGAAGGACAAUGCUCGAAAAAGCGACAGGAAGAACUGGACCGAACAGUUUUUAGUCAAGAUAUUCAGCCAUAUGUUCAGUAUUCUCUGAAUAAAAAGAAACGAUGGGAGGUUGAAGCGGCUGUUAAAAUGCUCGGCGAGCUCCAAAAAAUGUAUAAUGAUAUGGAUGUUGUGGUGUUGGAAAGAAUCGAUUUUCGAGGUGCCCCAUUUUUUACGGGGCUCCGUUUCCCAGACAACUACUUUGAAAAGUUUCGAAUUCAAAAAAUGCAUAAAAUACUCGAUGACAAAUAUUAUCAGUGCACGGCUGUAGAUUCUGUUCAUGGACAGAAAUUUAAUGAUAUCCAAUUUAAAAAUCGAUCUCUGAAUAAAUCAAAGGAUCUAGAAGCCGAAACAAUGACAUCUAAAAUUGCGGGAAGACCUAUUGUAGCAUAUCAUCUGAUAAAGCCUCAUCAAAUUUACGAGAAAAAAGUUGCAAAGUAUUUUAAUCCAUGCUCAACCAAGAAGAAAAAUUGGUAUUACUCCGAGCUCUACUCAGUUGAUUGGUAUCAACUUAUCACUGAGGAUACCUACGAAGCUAUCACUUAUGAUGCUCUUGAAGAUCAUGAAUGGGAUGAGCUUCAUGAGUGGGAAGAAGAAGAAGAUACAGGUUCUAUUAGUGUGGCGGUUUCUGAAAAGUGCUACAAUUUGGAGGAUCAUCUCGUUGAUAAAUAUGUAAUGGUCAAAAGGAAGAAGGCUUGAUUCAACAUAUUUAUUUUAUUUUUGCAGGUUUACAAAACUACGGGUUUAAUAAAUUAUGUUUAAAAAUUUUC